CUCACACCAUCACCUGGAAUCUUCCCAAAAACACGUAACUCCUUCCGCAACCCUUUUUUGGCAUCUUCCAUCCCUCUUAUUUUUAGCAUUUCCCCCCCAAAACCCCAUUAAGAUUUCUCCCCAUUUCUUCCCUUUCAACCUCUCUACCCAUCCUUUUGUCUCUCCUCUCUCUAUCAUCCUUCCGCCUCUUUAGGUACGUAAUUCUUGACUUAUGACUUUAAUUUUGAAAUUAUCAGCUUCAUAUUUGUUCAUUUUCUUAUAAAUUUUCUUGUUUCUUCUUAUAUGUUGGUUGUGAUUAUAUAGAUCGAGCGAUUAAUCGACCAAGUUGAUCGCUCAAAACAUAUUCGAUUACCCACAAAUUUUGAGGUGAAGGGUUUUUGGAUUUGGUUGAAAAUUUGAUAGAGAUGGCGGAGGAGCAGAGGUGGCAAGAGCCAGGAGGCCACAGACUCUGCGCUAACAAUUGUGGGUUCUUCGGCAGCCCAACGACUAUGAAUAUGUGUUCAAAGUGCUACAAAGAUCAUUGCAUAAAGGAGCAGCAAUUUUCAGAUGCAAAACUGGCCGUGGAAAAAUCUCUGACUCAAUCCGAAUCGUACUCGUCCUCAGCCGGGUCAUCUGUUUCCGUUUCUGUUUCUGCGAAUCCGCCGGAGGUUUCUGUUUUGGUCGGCGCGGUGGCGGAGACGGUGGCUCCGGUGACGGCGGUGGGGCCGAACAGGUGUGGGACGUGCAGGAGGCGCGUGGGGUUGACGGGGUUCAAGUGCAGGUGUGGGACCACUUUCUGUGGGUCCCAUAGGUACCCGGAGCGACACGGUUGUUCGUUCGAUUUCAAGGUUCUGGGCAGGGAGGAGAUUGCGAAGGCCAACCCGGUUGUCAAAGCGGAGAAGCUUGAGAAGAUCUGAGCCGUUGAUUUGAUGAUGGUGUGAUCCUGCGGUGGGCAUUGAUGGAAACGUUGGGUGGAGGGUGGGGGUUGGGUCAUGGGGUGUUGUGGGAAUGGUGGAUAGACUUUCAUUUUCUUUGUUUAGAUCAUGUAAAACGGAAUAUGUAUCAUUUCCAUGACAAUGUAGGAUUUUAAAUUGUUAUUACACAUGUUGUUGCUUUGUGGUUGUAAAAUUUAUCAAACAUUAUGUCCC